AUGCCGUUCGGGCUCCAGAUCGUCGACACGCCCGGCAUGAUCGAUUUGCCAGCAAGCGACAGUUCCUUUGGUGGCAGGGGUUGCCUGGGCUACAACUUCGUAGACGUGGCGCGAUGGUGGGCCAAGCGUUCCGACCUCAUUUUGCUGCUCUUCGACCCAGACAAGCCAGGCACCACGGGCGAGACGCUGGAGGUGCUGACGGAGUCCCUGCAGGGGCUGGACCACAAGUUCAUGAUCGUUCUCAAUAAGUCGGACAAGCUGGACAGCUCGGCGGACUUUGCCAGGGCCUACGGCGCGCUGGGCUGGUCGCUGUCCAAGGUCAUCAAGUGGAAGGACAUCCCCACGCUGUUCACCGUCUUCAACGAAGGCUUCGGAGGCGGCGCGUGCGCCGCCGGCUCCGGCCUCCCCCUGGAGGCCUUCUCGCAGAAGCGCGAGGAGCUCAUCGACGAGGUCUUGCGCGUGCGGGAGAGACACAACGACAACAUCGUCACCGCACUCGACGAGACCCUCUGCCAGGUCGAGAUGGUCUGCACCGUCGUCGAGGCCGUCCGCGCGCGCGUGUGCGCGCGACGGCGGCUCCUCGUGGCCGCCGGCACAACGGCGCUCGCGGCGCUGGCGCUCGGAGCCGCGCAGCUCCGGACCUCCCCCUUCGUGGAGCUCCUGGCCCCCGGGGCGCGCCUCGGACUCCUCGCGUCCUGCCUCGCGCCCUGCCUCGGGGGCGCGCUGCUCCUCCGGGGCCUCUGCGCGCAGCACCAGCGCCUGCUCCGGGCUGGCCUCGGCGUCGUGCUCCGGGAGUGCUACGCGCAGCACUUCGUCCACCGCGACGGGGAGGAUGUCGAAUACAGGUGGCAGGCCGUCGCCCCAAAGGUCUACGCGAUCCUCGAUUCGGUGCAGUCCCUCGCGCACUUGCCGCGCUUCCGCCGUUGGGAGCUGGCCCGCAUCCAGGAGUGCCUGGAGAAGGACAUUUG